AGAAUUCGCAUUGAGUCACUCUUUUGUGGAUUGGAUUUCCAAAAUGCUACCGCCUCGAUCUUCAGCGGUCGUCAUCAUCGUGCUUUUUGCCCUGACAAUCUCUUCCGUUGCUGGGACAUGGAUCAUUUGGAUAUGGAAUGGAGGCUUUCAGGGCUUUCAAGACGCUAUGGCUGCAAGUGGCUUGCCGGAUGGUGUUCGCGCCGCUCUUGAGUACAGUGGAGUCGCGUUCCUGGACGACUACAUGCGCAGGUGUGUCUUCAUGACCAUGCCAGUUGUCGCGCGAGUCUCGAAACAGGCGCUUUGGGGGCGGCCACUGAUCCUGUUGUCGGUCGUGGACUUGAGUUCAUUUGAGUUUGUGGUCUUGAUAGAGGCGGAUCGAAGAGGGCGGCAGCAUGGGAACAGCAGAAUGCAAACGUUGUGGGGCUCGUCCCCGCUUGCGAAAAUCACAGUCCAGAUAUUGCUCUACCUAGCCAUCGCCACCCCGGGACGAGGUUCCAACGAGGUCAAGAUGACUCCUUCUGGUCACUCUUCCGCGCAGAGGAUUCUUUCUGGCUCUGCCAUCAUCUCAUCGCUGAUCCAUGGAGCUGCCUUAUGCUACGUCCUCUUCAAUCCUGAUAUGACCCUAUGGGACUUACACAUCCCAUCUCUUGAUGAGGUGCGAGGCGUGCAGGGCUAUUCAAGUACUUGCUUGACAUUCAUGAAAUUUGAUUAUGUCUUGUCUGCAGCGGCUAUCCUCGUCAUUGCAUAUCAUGUGCUUGCAGUGCAGUUCCCCUAUCAUGGCUUGUUUUUGGAGCUGGUGGGACUUUGCUGUUCGUAUGGAGUUGGAGAGAAAGCUGGAGCUUUGGAUCCAGAUCCUGUAGAAAGUUCCAGCUUCAAGAGAGCUGCUGAUGUGGAAGCCUUACAACCAGACGAAAACUGUGUCACUUCUCCACUUCCUCGGCUUAUGUGCUUGAACAAAAUUGCCCGAUUGGGAAGCGCUUACAUGCGGCGGCCUUGGGCCAUGUUACCAUACAUUUUCGCUGAUGAAUGCACUUGUUCGUACGUGAGGAGAAAGUCUCUGAGAGUUGAGAAGCCUUGGCUCUUGUGUCUCGAGUCUCGAAACAGUGAGCAACAGAAUAGUCAAGGGAAGAUCCUCCACUGUGAUUACCUUAGUUCCACCCAUUAG